AUGUACAACGGGAGGGUCCUCGGUGCAAUCGCGCCAAAACCAGUUGCCCGAGGCGUGCCCGAUGCUGCCUACAUCCUGCAUUACUCGCGUGGCUCAAGCCAUUCUGGACCAGCGCGAGCCAGACUCGGACCUGAUCAUUUCGGUAAUUUACCGAUGGCUGCUUAG